AUGUCUCUUGAAAACGAUGAUGAGCCGACUAUCAAGGAGGAAAGCUACCGUGGCCGUGGUGAGUACGUGGGUGGCAGCGUUCCGUUUGAUGAAAACAUGGUAAAGCCCGGCCAUGAAACAACCUACACCAGCCCCAAAGCAUCUGUAACAGACCUUCAGAUGCUGCGUGAACAAGGUGCCUUCGAGCUUCCUCCAAUAGAGGUGCAGAGAGAAUUGAUAAAAAGCUUCAAUCGAUUUUGUGCGCCAUGGACCCCAGUUAUUGAUCCUAAAUGGCUCGAUGACAGUGCACCACCAUCUAUGCUUCUCUUACAGUCCAUUUUUCUCGCUGGAAGUAGAGUAUCCAAAGCCCAUUUGGACUAUGGAUCAAGCGAAACCUUCUAUCGACGUGCCAAGCUUUUAUUCUUCUUUGGCGGGGGACAUGGAUCAUUAAUAUCGAUUGUGGCUGCUUGUCUCCUGCACUGGUACAAUCCUGUAGGGCCUGAAGAUGUCUCUACGGAUACGAGUGGCUUUUGGAUCAGGCAAGCUGGGGCGAUGGCCUUCCAAAUUGGCCUACACAAAGAGCCACCACCGAGCGCUAGGGAUCGGGGUCUUCGCCGGCGCCUCUGGUGGUCUUUGGUGGUAAGAUUCAAUCUUAUUCUAUCGGGUGAGCCGGAGGUUGAUCUCGAGAAUGCAGUUUACAGAUGGGCGAAACAGGUCAUUCCCAAGCUACGCAUCUCCGCUGCAACCCAAGAAGAUGUUAUUACCUCAAAUCUGGAAGUCCAACAGCUUUUGGUUAUGUACUUUGUGACAUUGACUAUCUUGCAUCGGUCACCUACUCCAAACAGUGUCCCUCACGCCGGGUCACUAGUUGCAUCUUCAUUCUUAGCAGGGAUAUACGAAGGGUUUCUCUUGCGAGAUGAACUGCGAUACUUGGGACCGGUUUUUGCCUUUUAUCCGCUUUGUGCCGGACUUUCAUUACUUUCUAGUUGCCGAUAUAGACAACUCCAAAGUACCGCCGAGCAUGAAAUCACGGUUAUGAAGCUGUCACUUCAGAAAUUAUCAGAAAGGUGGCUUUCAGCGGUCGGGCCUUUGAGAGCCCUAAAUAAGCUGACUGAUAAAAUUCGAGAACAGGGCCCAUUUGAUGGUCUGCCGCCGACUCUUGAUUUGGACACUGCUUCUUUCUUUGAAGACUUUGAUAUCGAAAUUUGCAAACAAUGGCGGUUGAUCGAGCAAGAGAACUCUAAGUCUGAAUCAAUGCCUACAUGCAAAUCUUUUCAAGAUCCAGAUGUUGCACUUCCGGUCCUGGAUGCACAGGCAGAGGAUACAGUGAAUAACUACGGCCUCCGGGAUUUGAAUAAUUAUAGCUCGGACCUAUUUGGCACCAACUGGGAAGGGUCAGACUUUGACUGGAGUGGUUCUUGGCUACUUAAUGCCUAG